AAAACAAAUAUCAGGAGUUUUCAAACGCUUAUGUAUAUAAAAUCAUGAUAAAAACAGCAAAUGGUACUCCUAAUCGUGCUCAAGUUUGCCGCGAGGCAACGCAGAAAUGGAACAAAAUUAAAACUAAAGAUGCAGAGAAAAUUAACAGCAUAAUCAAAACAUAUUUGUCCAUGCCAUUUAAUCUAUAUGAUAUACAAACAAUAAAACCAAACUAUUUUAUUCCUGAAGAAAGUUUAAUGCCUUCCCUUCCUAUUAUCUAUUCAGUAGAACCUAUACCUGAAAUCCCAGCAAAUGCAGCAGCACAAAAAAAUGUGGCAAGCGAAAUCACAAUAGCUAAAGAAAGACUUUCAGAGCUUAAGCAAAUGUACAACAUUACAACAGACCCUCAGUUUCGAUGUGAUAUAUAUACAAAAAUAGAGGAGCUUCAAAAACAAGUAAAAGCUAAUAAAGAUAGAAUCACCAAGUUAAAAAGAAAUACAAA